GAUGACGAUGAUGAUGAUGAUGAUGAUGAUGAUGAUGAUGGUGGUGGUGGUGAUGGUGGUGGUGGUGGUGGUGAUGAUAGUGAUGGAGAUGGAAGUGGAGGUGGAGGUUGGAGAUGGAAUAGAAACGACGGUAGAAUCCGCAAUUAUUCAAUUGCCUCCACGAAUCGUCGUACCGCCUGGCCGUACAGCCUCUUUUCUCUUCGUCUGUCUGUCUUCUCGUCGACUCACGGACGUUUUCAACCGAGUAAAAACCCGAGAAACAGGAGACGGGAGACAGUAAACAAGGAGAUUAUAAACAAGGAGAUCAUCCCCUGGCUUGAUCUGUCUCAUUUAGAGGCAAAGAAAAAAGUCUUUGCGAAUUUUUUUCGUAAAUAUCGAAGAGAGAGAGAGAGAGAGAGAGAGAGAGAGAGAGAGACGGAGAGAAAGAGAGAGAGGGAGAGAAGGAGAUAAACACGGUGUAUCUAAUACGAACGAUUAAUGUAAAGAGAGAAAAAAAUCAUACUGAGAGAAAUUCAUUGAUCGAGAUAAUUCGUGAAUGAUUGGAGAACGUUUGGAGAACAACCGAAGGAAGAUAUGGACGGCUCGAUGGAACCAAGAACAUUUGACAUGGUCGAUUGCAUCGUUUUCAUUGGGAUGUUAGGUGUUUCCGCGGUAGUUGGGAUCUAUCAGGCAUAUAGAUCCCGAAAGAAUCCGGAUGCUGUGCGAGAAUAUCUUGUUGGAAGUCAAAACAUGUCUAUAUUUCCUAUAAGCAUGUCACUAAUAGCAAGUUAUAUUUCCGGUAUUUCGAUGCUCGGAUUACCCGCGGAGAUGUACGUUUACGGGACUCAACUUUGGAGCAUUGUCUUUGCCGAUUGCUUCGUUUCCUUAACCAUGGCCAUAGUUUAUUUGCCGGUCUUUUAUGGACUUCAAAUUACCUCGUCGUACGAGUAUUUAGAAUUGAGAUUCAAUCGUAUGGUAAGACUAAUGGGAUCGAUAAUAUUCAUUAUCAAAAUGCUACUUUACAUACCAUUGGUGAUAUACGUGCCGGCGCUAGCAUUCAAUCAAGUAACCGACAUAAAUCUUCACAUGAUAGCUCUAUUGGUCAGCAUCGUCUGCAUUUUCUACACUACGUUGGGUGGUCUCAAGGCCGUCGUUUGGACCGAUACAAUUCAAAUGAUGGUAAUGUUCGUUAGCGUGAUCAUUGUUGCCGCAUUGGGUACAAACAAAGUUGGCGGAGUAUAUGAGGUUUGGCGAAGAAACGUCGAAACGGGAAGAAUAGAAUUCUUCAACAUGGACCCGGAUCCAACUAUUAGGCACACCUUUUGGACCGUCGUUAUUGGUAAUUACCUAAAUUGGCUGGCCACUUGUUCGGUUAAUCAAGCAAUGGUGCAGAGGUGUCUGGCUAUGCCCAACUUGAAAAAAUCCAAUAUAACGAUCAUGAUAAUGGCCAUCGGUAUAGUUACCAUCGUUUCCCUGUGCUGUUAUACUGGCAUCGUUAUUUUUGCUGCUUUCUACGAAUGCGAUCCGGUAACAACGAAGAAAAUACGAAAACCCGAUCAGUUGUUGCCGUAUUUUGUGAUGGAGAUAGCACGAUCGAUACCUGGUUUACCGGGUCUCUUUGUAUCUGGAGUUUUCAGUGCUGCUCUCAGCACUAUGUCAACCGGUUUGAAUUCAAUGUCCGGCGUUAUUUACGAGGAUAUAAUAAAGCCAUGUUUGAAAAAACCGAUAUCGAAUGUUGGCGCCAGUCGAAUAAUGAAAGUGAUAGUAGUCCUAAUGGGUAUAAUUUGCGUUGGAUUGGUUUUCUUGGUUGAAAAACUCAGCAGUUUGAUUCAGGCUGGUAAAAGUUUAUCCGGUAUAACAGCUGGUCCACUUUUAGGCAUAUUCACGCUUGGAAUGUUUUUCCCAUUUGCUAAUUCUGCGGGAGCUUUAAUCGGUGGUAUCAUCAGUUUGAAUCUAGUUGCCUGGAUAUCCUUUGGCACGCAAGCCGCCAUUUCAAGCGGUAAAAUUAUUUUCCCGAUAAAACCAGUGUCUAUCGAUGGAUGCAUCGAAACAUUGAAAAAUACAAGUGGAAAUUUGACGGACAUCUUUGAAAAUACAAUAAGAGACCAACCAUUCUUUCUAUAUCGAAUGUCAUAUUUAUGGUACACAUGGGUUGGAUUUUUAACAGCUAUUUUAAUUGGGAUUAUUGUCUCAUGGAUAACCGGUCCGAAUAAAUAUAAACUGGGUGAUAUAAAGUUGUACACGCCAAUCAUACAUGGUUUAUUACGUUCUAAAAUUUCAAGAGAAACGAACAGCAUGGAACUUUCAAGGAGGAGAUCAGAGAGGAAAAAUCUACAUCACUCGUCGGGAUAUUAGAUAUUAUUUUUGUAUUCUAAAUUACAUAUUAGUAAGUUCAGACUGUGAUUUCUUAGUUAUUGCGAUAUUUAUUAUCGCUCAGAACAAAAAAGACUCGAUUUAUCGCUCUCUCUCUCUCUCUCUCUCUUUCUCUCUCUCUUUUUCUCUUCUUAUCUGAGAAAGAGAGAAAGAGAGAGAGAGAGAGAGAGAGAGAGAGAGAGAGAGAAAGAGGAUAUGACUUUUUCGUCAAAGUAUAUCGAGUGAACUUCUUCUUAAUUCGAAAAGUAGGCCGAUAAUUGAAAAAUAAUUAAUAUUAUUUAGAUUAAAAAAUAAUUAAUGUGAUUAGGCAGUGAUUAUCUAUCGUUCGUUCGUUUGUAUGUAUAUAUAUAUA